AUGCAACCAAGAACACGAAUUCCCGAGUUUGCAGAAUUAGAAAACUAUAAAAAUCUUGGGCUAUUGACCCAGAUGCAACUCGAUUUACUCUAUCGAAGAGUAAAUGGCGAGUCUUAUCAACAAAUACGGAAUGUUUACUCAAUUUCAAAGACGACAGUAGCACGCGCAAUCAUGCGCACUGCUACUUGUCGUUCAUGGACAAAAGGUCAGUCAGGGGGUGGUAUGACCCAUUUGUCACUACCAGAUGAAAUGCAGUUCAAAAAACUUGUUCAAGAGAUGGCAGACGACUUGAACUGUAUUACAACAUCAAUGGCCAUUGCUGUCUGUACGGAAUUACAAAAUAGGAGAUUAAAAUUUGCGGCGCGGGUACUAAUCGCUGCAAGAUGCCCGCAUCUUCUAGCGAAGCUCGAUGAUUACUGCCCAUCGCCAUCCCGUGGCUGGCUUAAUCAUAUCGCCACAAGAUUGUCAAUUCGGAUU